AUGAGAAUUUUAGUUGGUAUAGUAUUAUUCUUGGCCCUCACAGCUGAUGCAGCUGUUACCAGGGAUCAAAGGAUUGCUGGUGGUUCCGUUACGACCAUCACCAAUUAUCCUGAAAUGGUCUCAUUGUUGUAUUCCGCUGGAUCAUCCAAUCAUCGGCAAGAAUGUGUUGGCACAAUUCUUACUAACAGAGCAAUUCUGACUGCUGGACAUUGUACAUAUGGAUAUACGCCGGCUAUGUGGCGCUCGCGCGUUGGAUCGACCCACGCCAACAGCGGUGGUGUAGUCCACAACUCUGCACGCAUCAUCAAUCACCCCAAUUACAAUGUCUUCACCAUAGACAAUGAUAUCGCCAUCAUCCAUACCUCAAGCCAAAUCCACUUUACAAAUGUAAUCAGGGCUGCAAACAUCGCCGGCUCCAACUAUUUCUUAGGGGAUAACCAAGUCGUUUGGGCAGCUGGUUGGGGUUUUACUCAGACUAAUGGAAAUCCCUCAGAACAGUUAAGACACGUACAAAUUUGGGUCGUUAAUCAGGCCGUUUGUAGAUCUCGUUACGCUGAAUUAAGCGUGUUAAUUACUGACAAUAUGCUUUGCUCUGGUUGGCUUGACGUUGGCGGCCGCGAUCAGUGCACCAUGGACUCCGGUGGCCCACUGUACCACAAUGGGGUUGUUGUUGGCGUAUGCUCCUUUGGUUUCGCAUGUGGCCACCCUCGUUUUCCUGGUGUCAAUGCGCGGGUAUCACGCUAUACCGCAUGGAUUCAAAACAAUGCAUAG